AACAGUGGACACACACGGGAUGGUGUAUUUUUGGAAACCGAAUAACAGACCUCGGGACAGACUGAAGACAACCAUGUCUUGAUUAAAACAUAGUUUUGUGUUUUGAACAAGCUCUGGCCAAAUUUGGACUCAAGGCAGACGAAAGAAGAUCAAGAGCAGCAGAUGGACGGACCAAGUCGGGAACAAAACAAACCGUUGUCACCCUGACGACACUAGUGGCUGAAUCAUUCACAGGCUAGCAAGCCAUCACACAGUUGGCUUAGGUAGUUAGCUUACAUGCAGGUGUUUUGCAUUCAUUAGUUAUCUACCGAAUAUUUGUCUGCUUAUUUUUUAAACUGCUUCCAAGUAUUUAACUUGUUAUCAUGGUAGUGUAGGGUUACACAAGCGCCGUCCAUCAGACUAGCAAGUUAGCAAGCUAAUGUUAGCUGCAGCUAACGAAUGCUUGAGCUGCCGAGUAGCAGGAUACAGUAUGUAGCUGAGGUUGCGAGACUGCAUUCGUUUCAGACAGUGUUUACUACAAGUAGCUCGUCAGUUGGGAAUGACCUUAAGAAUGUGAAGCACAAUGGCCAACUUUGAAGCAUAUCAGGAGUAUCAGAGAAUUGAGGACUUCGAGGAGGACUCACCAACAGGCGAGGAGGAUUUACUGGUUCAUGUGCCUGAAGGCCUGAAAGAUUCAUGGCAUCAUAUCAAGAACCUGGAUAACUUCUUCACAAGGAUCUAUCAUUUUCAUCAAAAGAAUGGCUUUGCUUGUAUGAUGUUGUCAGAGUUCUUUGAACUUGUUCAGUUUUUGUUUGUUGUCACAUUCACAACGUUCCUCGUCAACUGUGUGGAGUAUGAUGUCCUGUUUGCCAAUCGAGCAGUCAACCACACCGGGCCAGGCCAGAACCCCUUGGAUAGAAACAAAGUCACUCUCCCAGAUGCCAUCUUACCGAGCCAGCAGUGCACUCAGAGGAUUCGAGAAAAUAGCUGGAUUAUAUUUCUUCUCAUCAUGGCAGCCAUCUUUUGGACCUAUCGACUUGUUAAGGUCAUUUGCAAUAUUUUGAGCUACUGGGAGAUCAGGCAAUUCUACAUUAAAGCUCUGAAGAUCAGAAUGGAUGAACUAUGCAACUUCACAUGGCAGGAAGUCCAGGACCGGCUCAUUAGCCUACAACGAGAACAGCAAAUGUGCAUACACAAGAAAGAGCUGACAGAACUUGACAUCUAUCACCGCAUCCUGCGAUUCAAGAACUACAUGGUGGCCAUGAUAAACAAAUCACUGCUGCCAGUGCAGCUGCAGCUCCCCCUGCUGGGCAAUGUGGUGUUCCUUACCCAGGGCCUCAAGUACAACUUUGAGCUCAUCCUCUUCUGGGGUCCUGGCUCUCUGUUUCAGAAUAAGUGGAACCUGCAUCCCAAGUACAAGCGGAAUGGGAACCGCCUAGAGCUCGCCCAGCAGCUUAGUAGAGUCAUCCUGCUGAUGGGUUUGGCCAAUUUGCUGCUGUGCCCCUUCAUCCUGGUGUGGCAGGUGCUGUACGCUUUCUUCAGCUACACAGAAGUGAUCCGCAGAGAACCUGGAAGCCUGGGUGCACGACGCUGGUCCCUCUAUGGUCGUCUAUACCUUCGUCAUUUCAAUGAGCUGGACCAUGAGCUGCAUGGACGUCUAGGUCGUGGCUACAAACCCACUUCCAAAUACAUGAACUCCUUUACAUCACCACUGCUGACUGUACUUGCAAAGAACAUAACCUUCUUCUCAGGCUCAGUGUUGGCUGUUCUCAUUGCACUGACAGUCUAUGAUGAGGAUGUUCUGACAGUGCAGCACAUUCUAACUGCUAUCACUGUCCUGGGAGUUGUUAUUACUAUUGCCAGGUCCUUCAUCCCAGAUGAGCAUAUGGUGUGGUGUCCAGAACAGCUGCUUCAGUGCAUGCUGGCACACAUUCACUACAUGCCAGACCACUGGAGGGGCAGUGCGAACAAGAGCGAGACACGUGACGAGGUGGCGCAGCUGUUCCAGUACAAAGCGGUGUUCAUCUUGGAGGAGUUGCUUAGUCCUAUUGUCACACCCUUCAUUCUCAUCUUCCUUUUGAGGAACAAGUCUCUAGAGAUCAUUGACUUCUUCCGGAACUUUACUGUGGAGGUGGUUGGAGUAGGAGACAUCUGUUCCUUUGCACAAAUGGACAUCAGACGCCAUGGAAACCCAACAUGGAUGUCAGAGGGCCAGACAGAGGCUUCUGUAUACCAACAGGCAGAGAAUGGCAAGACAGAAUUGUCCCUCAUGCAUUUCACCAUUAAGAACCCACGCUGGCAGCCACCACUGGAGAGCUCAGUGUUUAUCAGCCAUCUAAAGGAGAAGGUGCAGCAUGAUGCACAGGGUGGCCCCUCCACCAAGCUGCUGCUUUCUGAGGCUCCUCUCUGCACCUCACUUCAAUCCAAUGAGUCUGCCACUGGGCCUGAUAAUCUGUUGGCCAGUGUCCUUGCCCACCCCAUUCUGACUGCAUCUGGACUGCAAGGGCGAGACCAUCACUUCAUCCCACCAAGCACUGCUGCCUCUGCUGCUGCCAGUGUCCUGGCCUCUUUGUCCACCUCCCAACUUGCACAUACCAGCCGCAGCCGCUCACAGGGCCUCCUGCCCUCCUCCGUCCACCCCGAGAGCACCAUGUACCGCAGUGAUCGCACCAUCAUUGACAGUAUGUCUAACAGUGACUCACGCAUCCGGAGCAAUGCACUGCACUCAGAGUUCGCCUCCGCAGAGAUGAGCCUCCAUGCCAUCUACAUGCAUGAGCUCCACCAGCAGAGCUCCCACCCACAGAGACCUUCAGGGCAGUGGCAGAACGCAGUGCCAAUGAGUGAUCUGCACACAAACACUGGCUUCCAGGCACAUACUGGCCUUGGUUCCAGCAUGUCCAUGCCCACUGCUGUCCAGCUUGGCGGCUGGCAAGAAGAGGAGGAUGAGGAGGAUGGAGAUGAUCAGGGGAUUAACAUUGGAUCUACUCCAAAGCAGGGCACCGGAAGUAGUUGUUGAAGUGCCUUAUGUCAUAAGUGUUUACAUUUUACUUUCUUCAAUGAACAUUGUGGCCUUAGAUGAUCUUCAUGGAGAAUUUAGCAUGGACCUUUAAAAUGUCAUUCAUUAAUUUGUGGGAGGGGCUCAUUGAAUAACCACUGUUUCUGCACCUCCACGCCUCAUCCUGUCACAUCAGGCAGACUAUGGCAUCAGGGAAACCAUAUGUCUUCCGUCCGUUUCAUCAUGAUCUUGUCAUAAACUUGUACAGACAACUGCAAAGUACAUUUGACAAGAGACAAUAUAGCGUAUUAAUAGGCUGUGUGAUGGUGGGUGUGGGCUAUUUUAUUUUGGAAUGCAAAAGGCUCAUCACAACCUCUGCUGAGCCUCUGUGUGCACAAUUCAAUUGCUUGUGCAUCACAAGGUUUUACAGUGUGAGUCUAAUUGAAGAUUUCACAGAAUGGCGUCUUGUUCUAUGCUACAUAGACUGCAAGCUGUAUCUUAGCUGCCUGAACAAUUUUGAUCAUCUGGAAAAAAAAAAAAAGAAAAGGAAUUCAGAAAAUCAAGAUGUGCCGGUGGAACCUGGUGAUUUGUAAAUACACUUUUGCGUCUUACUUAUCCUUUAGUCCACAUUUUUACUACCAGAUCUAAUCUUUGAAAAAGAUACCAAGUAUUAAUAUUAUGAAGAGCUGACUGUACAGUAGCCGUAGUACUAAAAUGCCAUGUUUACCUGGCAAAAGGAAGACAUGGUGUUUUAGUACUGGGUAUUGGGUUAGAAUUAGUAUUGGGUUUGAUAACACAUGUCUUUAAACUAGGCAAACACAUGUUUUGAUGCUGCUGUCUGUGUUUAGUGGUCCUAAAUACAGAUUUUGUUCAGUAUUAAAAUUUUUACAGCUGAUCUAUCAAGAUAUUGCUUUCCCUCAAAAACAGAACUGAAAUUUUGGGCACCAAGUACACUUGGCAUCAAAAUCUUAAUGCAGACAGAAGAUGUCUUUUAAUUCUCUUUAGGCUGGACACAAAGUCAGCUUUAUGCCUUAACUACUAUAUAAACAUAUGUAUUUAAAUCCUAGUUUUCCGUAUUACCUCAGUGGUGGUGAAGAAAAACUAAUACUCCAAUAAAUACCUCUGCAGUGUAUUUACUUUUGUAUAAAUAUAUAUACAUAUGUUUUUUUUGCAGUGUACAGAAGCAUCUUUUAACUGCAUUAUUGAUUUUAAUGUCAGAUGUAAAUAGAACCUAUUUCAUUUUCUGUUCAUAUUUCUUGUCCAGCAGAUGUUUGGAGUCAGAUGUCCCAGAAAUGGUGGGGAGGAAUUUUUUUUUUUUUUGAACAAAACAGGGUGUUACUGCUUUUACGAAUCCUUGUUGUGCACAUUAACAUUUUGUUGUGUCCUUUUCUCAAAAAGCUCACAUAAAAAAGGAACUUAAUCAUAAGGGCUUAUAUCAGAGCAUGUGCUGUUGCUUCUGCAGCUUUAGGUUUCAAGACUUUAGGACAAGACAGUUCCUCUCAGGCUUUACACUUACAAAGUAAGAGCAAGAGGAGAAAAAAGCCUUUCCACAGUCAGCAUCAUUUGUUAGCUUUAAAAAUAUUUAUUACCUGUUUCCCCCAGAUAUUUAAUUGAUAUAUAUGUAUUAUUUAUUUGAAAAAAAUAUUGUUUUGUCAAAUAAUUUACUUUCAUGGCUUCUAAUCUUAUUAAUGAAAGAAAUGGCAUAUACCCCCCUCACUAAACGUAGUUUCAAGGAACUAAUUUUGCUUUUGAAGUUCUGAUACAAAGGAUUUAUUAAUGCAAAGAUAACCUGCCCAGCUGCAUGAUGUUGAAUGUGAUUUAAAAAAAAAAAAAAAAAAACAAAACUGGGACUAAAACUGCUUGUUACUGUAGUGCGUAAAAUAUCACUCUACCCAUUUUUAUUGCAUUCUACAAAGAUCACAGUAAUAUAGAUCUCAUCCUCCACUACUGCAAGAAUUUAGAGCAUACAGAUAUCUUUCCAGUCUCAUGUGUUUAGAAAAAAUUCCACCUUCAUUGUGUGUGUGUGUGUGUGUGUGUGUGUGUGUGUGUGUGUGUGUGUGUGUGUGUGUGUGUGUGUGUGUGUGUGUGUGUGUGUGUGUGUGUGUGUGUGUGUGUGUGUGUGUGUGUGUGUGUAUCUAUCUGUAGAAGGAAUGUGUUUUGACACCUGCGUAAUUAUGCUAACACAAACUCAGAAUUUUGCACUGAAAAAACAACAAACAAUUUUUUAUAAUGUGUAUGUGUGUACGUACAUAUAUAUGGGAGAUAUAAAUAAAAAUAUAAUAUAAUACUUGCAUCAGUUACAACUCAGAAAGGGCAGGUCUCAAAAGGGACACUGAAGUCAGUCUCCAUCCUAAAUGACCUCUUCUCAUUGUUUGUAUAUAAGAAUAGCAUCAGCACGUAUUAUACUGUCAAUGUCCACAGCAGACCAUCUGGAAACACUGUGGCCAGUCACAUAAGGUCAUUCUUACCUCUGGUCAGUAAAAGGUUUGUGCCCCUUAGGGGAUGAUGUUUGUUUCUGUCACUCUCUUAAAUAUGCUUACAUGGGUAUUGUCGUCACUUUUUAAUUGUGGUACAUCUUAGAAAUGCAGUUAGUUUAUGUUGCAGAGACACUGGAGCUCAGCUUUGUCCACAAAGUUGAUUUCUUUUGGCAGUCUCCACAUUCUCACAUCACUGUUGUGUUUGUCAUUUUAUUUUCAGCAGUGCCUUAGUAUUAAGGAUUAGUAGUCACUCUUUUUAGAAGCCAUUUCAUGAAAAGCAUUAGAUUUACUUUCACAGAUUUAGCAGCACAUACCAUGUAAAAAAAAUUUUGGAAAGUCAUUGUGUAUAGCAUCAAGUAUGUAGUGAAAUUGCAGAUGUGGCUUGUAAGAUGAGCUGCAAACUGCUCUUGAGAUCUUGUGUCAAUCUGUUGCAUCUGAGCGCACUUCUUCUUAUCAUGGUGUCUAAACUUGCACUGUCUUGAAAAUCCUAAAGAAGCAGGAGUAUGCCUUGUAAUUGGCAGUGUCAUCAUGGCCAACCUUCUCAUCAUACUAUGGUUUCUUAUCCACUAUACACCAGUCUAGAAAUCACAGUGACUGGAACAAGGUGCUAAGUUUUCAUCCUGAAAUUGUUGAAUAUGUUUUAAGACAUGUUUUUUGUUUUUUUUUUUGUUUUUUUUUGGUACAUUGGUUUGUCUGUUUUGUUUUGUAUGUUAAGAAACACUAGCUGAAAAAAGAACCAUGCCAAAAGAGCUUGUUUUCGGCACAGCUUUACAGGACGUGUUGUUUUGUUUGAGUGAGUAGAGAGGCAAAUAAAUCUCUUUUUGAGUGUAUUUAAUCAUUUCAUGUGUGGUUGAUUAUGAGACAUUUAUUUGAAAUAAAAAUCUAUUUUAAUUUUC